AUGCGGCAGAUCUUGGAGAAGAUGACGGAACAGCAACUCUAUUCUUUCCAUCUCUUCAAUGACUUCAAGGCCGCAUACGAUAGCAUAGCCUUGAUAGUCAGUUCCAAAGCCAAUCAACGAAAUGAAAAAGACGUCAAUCUGUUGUGGACACUGCUCGGGUCACUAUAUCGGACGGUGGAAGGUUACGAUAUCGAUGCGGUGCUAAACUUCGAGAAGGAUGAUAUUCCUCUGAAGGUAAUACAGAAGCUUGAGGAGCGUGUCUUUACCAACGAAAACUUUGAUCCGGAGAAGGUGAACACAUCAACCGGUGUGUUCAGGGAAACUCCUGCCGAGCUUGUGAUUAGCGUAUCGUCAAACAUUUUGAAGCUUCUUCCGCCAGAGUUUGAUCGGGACGCCGCACUGGAGAAGUAUCCGACCGACUAUCAUCAGAGCAUGAAUACGGUACUGGUGCAGGAGAUGGUACCGUUUAACAAUCUACUCAUCUGCAUCCGGGGUAGACUCCAGACGGCUCGCAAAGCCAUGCAGGGUCUUGUCGCCAUGUCACCAAUCGUGGAAGAGGUGGUCAGCGCGAUACUGGUCGUCAAGAUCCCAUCCGUCUGGGCGAAGCGUUCCUACUCGAGCCUGAAAACGCUCGGCUCGUACAUUGCGGACUUUAUCGCGCGGUUAGAAUUCCUGCAAAAAUGGUACGACGAAGGCCCGCCAGCAACAUUCUGGGUGUCGGUCUUUUUCUUCACCCAGGCAUUUUUGACCGGCGCACAGCAAAACUUUGCCCGCAAGUACGUCAUACCGAUCGAUCUGCUAGUGUUCGAUAAUGGGGUAGGGAAAAGGGCAGGAUGGGAUCUGCAGGAGUCUAUACCACGCGUCCUGUUUGAUACCGUGCCAUACAUUCUGCUGAAACCGAUGAAAAAAGACGAUUUUGUUCCGCGGCACACGUACGCGGCGUCCGGUAUACAAGACGGCCGAACGGCGCGGUACGCUUUCCACGACGGGCCACAGUACUAA